AUGGCUGACGGAAAGGGCCUUGAGGAUAUCGAGGCGGCCCAGAUCGAGUCCAACUACGAUGAGACCACCGACUCCUUCGACGCCAUGGACCUAAAGGCUGAGCUCCUCCGUGGAGUCUACGCCUACGGUUUCGAGCGCCCAUCUGCUAUUCAGCAGCGUGCUAUCAUGCCCGUCAUCAAGGGCAGCGAUGUCAUUGCCCAGGCCCAGUCCGGUACCGGCAAGACCGCCACCUUCUCCAUCUCCGUCCUCCAGAAGAUCGACCCCAACAUCAAGGCGCCCCAGGCCCUGAUUCUCGCACCCACCCGUGAGUUGGCGCAGCAGAUCCAGAAGGUCGUCGUUGCCAUCGGCGACUUCAUGUCCAUCGAGUGCCACGCCUGUAUCGGCGGCACCAGCGUGCGAGACGACAUGAAGGCUCUGCAAGAGGGCCCACAAGUCAUCGUCGGCACCCCCGGCCGCGUGCAGGACAUGAUCCAGCGCCGCAUCCUCAAGACCGACAGCAUGAAGAUGUUCGUGCUCGACGAGGCCGACGAGAUGCUGUCCCGCGGUUUCACCGAGCAAAUCUACGACAUCUUCCAGUUCCUCCCACAAUCCACCCAGGUCGUCCUCCUCUCCGCCACCAUGCCCCAGGACGUCCUCGAGGUCACCACCAAGUUCAUGCGCGACCCCGUCCGUAUCCUCGUCAAGAAGGACGAGCUCACGCUCGAAGGUAUCAAGCAGUUCUACAUCGCGGUCGAGAAGGAGGACUGGAAACUCGAUACCCUGUCCGACUUGUACGAGACCGUCACCAUCACCCAAGCCGUCAUCUUCUGCAACACGCGCAGAAAGGUGGACUGGCUGACCGACAAGCUCACGGCCCGCGACUUCACCGUCUCCGCCAUGCACGGCGACAUGGACCAAGGCCAGCGCGACGUCAUCAUGAAGGAGUUCCGCUCCGGCUCCUCGCGCGUACUCAUCGCCACCGACUUGCUCGCCCGCGGUAUCGAUGUCCAGCAGGUCUCCCUCGUUAUCAACUAUGAUUUGCCCGCCAAUCGCGAGAACUACAUCCAUCGUAUCGGACGCGGUGGACGUUUCGGACGCAAGGGUGUAGCGAUCAACUUUGUCACGGCGGAUGAUGUGCGCAUGAUGCGUGAGAUUGAGCAGUUCUACAGCACUCAGAUUGAGGAGAUGCCGAUGAAUGUUGCUGAUCUCAUCUAA